AUAACAUUAACUAAUUUCUUUGAUUAAUUACACCAUACCUAGCUGAGUAUAGGUACUAUUUUAUACAUAUUUUGUUACAUAAUUUCUUUAACCUGUCAGACUUUUUAAUGAUUGCUUAUCUUUUGUGAUAUAAUAAUAUUACCUGCGUUUAUUUAAACUGAUACCUCAAACUCUGAUAUGUCACGUAGAAAUGAAAACAACAAAAUAAACCUUAUUUCAAAGGAAUAAAGAAAUAAAAAACCAAAUGAGAAACGAUAAAAACAUUAAUUAGUAUAAAAACAAACGGUUCCAUUUGAAAAACGGUAAUUUUAAGUAGUUUGUCUGUGGAAAUGGGCGGUUUUGGCGCGCUUUUACUUUUCUCCAUAUUUGGCGCGAGUCUUGGCACAGAUAGCGUAAAUAUUGUCAAAACGAAAUAUGGCGAAGUUGAAGGCAGUUUGGCAUCAAACGGAGUGUGUUAUGAAUAUUUGGGCAUCCGAUACGCGCUCCCUGUGAAGUUUAAAUCUCCCAAGGAGCCGCCGUCACACUCCGAUGUGUACAAAGCCGAUGGCAGAGCAGUGAUAUGCCCCCAGUUCCCUUGCAAUGAUCCGCUCGCAGUCCCCAGCGACAACGAAGAUUGUCUAGUUCUCAACGUCUUCACCCCAAGCAGCGUCCAAAAUACAACCCUUCCAGUUAUUGUAUUCCUUCACGGAGGAGGUUUCGGCGUCGGUACUGGUAGCCCUAGCAUUUAUGGGCCCCAAUACCUCGUCAGCCACGACGUCAUAGUAGUCACUAUAAACUACAGGUUAAACGCAUACGGUUUCCUGAAUUUAGGAAUCAAAGAAGCGCCUGGAAACGCUGGCUUGAAAGACAUCAGAGCAGCUCUGCGAUGGAUCCAAGAGAACAUCGGAGGUUUUAACGGCGAUCCUGAUAAUGUUACUGUUCUGGGUCAAGGUAGCGGGGGGAUAGCAGCUCUGUAUUUGACCCUCUCAAAGUCUACCAAGGGUUUGUUCCACAAAAUCAUAUCGGAAAGCGGGCCUUUAUUCGCACCUCAAUCAUUCGAUGCUAACCCGUUAAAGACUGCGAGUCAAGUGGCCAAAUCUUUAGAGCUAAUCUCUACAGAUCCGAAAGACCUGUUAACUUUAUACACUGAGACGUCCGUAUUGAAGCUAGAAGAAGCAAUAUCCAAGCAGAUGAACGCUAAAUCCAUCUUCGUACCAUCAGUCGAAGAAGUAUUUGAAGAUGAUGAAGAUGAACCGUUUUUAACUGAUACACCGUUUAAUAUUCUGAGUAAAGGUAUAAAACACGAGAGUUUCAAUCCUGUUCCUAUUAUCGUAGGUCUGAAUACUGUCGAAGGUUUGACCAGUACACUGGAUUAUUAUACGAUUACAAGUCAAAUGGAUCGGAUUAAACAUGAGGAUUUUAGCGUGUUGGACCAGAGAAGUCUUUUAGUACCAGAAAAGGAAAAAGACAACUUCCGAAAGACUUUAAAAGACACGUAUUUUGCUGAUAUCGAUUCCGACGAGACUUUGAUCGGCGGCAUUAUAAAUUUGAACUCGGACUUUUCGUAUGUAGGUCCGAUGUCGCUUUGCAGCGAGUUUUAUGCGAACAGUUCGGGUCUACCAGUAUACCAAUACGUGUUCAAUUACAUUGGUAACAGGAAUUUAGGUAGACUCUUGACGAACAGCAGUUUACCAGCUACUGCCAAUCAGGAUGAGCUCUUCUACGUGUUUGAACUGGAACGACUGCCCCUGCCUAUGGAUGAGGAUGACGCGAGAAUGUUGACUUUUAUGACCAUGAUGUGGACUAACUUCGCCAAAUUUGGAACUCCAACUCCAGACCCUGACAACGGGGAGUGGCUGCCGUAUCCCCACCAUUUGGCCAUAGACUUGGAGCCUCAAUACGUUUCGCCGCUGACACCUGAGAGGGCGUACUUUUGGCGCGCUUUCUAUCUCGAUUUUGGCGCCGAAAUAGAAAAGAAGCGGGAAACGCCGUCGUGAAUCUUGUACGACUUGUAAAAGUUGAAUGUUGUUAAUUUAUUUUUAAUUUUAUUAUGUAAAAGCUGGUUGUUAAUAAUAGUAUUUUU